AUGUGUGUCAGUGAGAAGGAAGAGAGAGAGGUCAUGCUCAACAUGAGCUCCUGAUUUAUUUCCGUAUUUUUUGUUUUUAGAAUGAGAUAAACACUCGAAUCUAAAAAGAAUUCAAGACAAAAAGUGAUGAACAACAACUUUAUUAAAUCAGAAUAGAAAAAAAAAGUAACUUUGCGCCUCAAAUUAAGAAGUUUUGACUCUUGCUAGCAAGCUACACAACAAAAACCUAGCCAGCAGGCUAACAAGCCAGCCAGAAAAUUGAGCUAGAACAAACCUAGCAAGGGGAGUUAAUACAACUACACCAAACUGAGUGAGUAAAUCAAAAAGAAGCACGGACUCUAACUUUAAACAUAUCUUCUGUUUUUGUGCGUGAAGAUUUUUCACUCUUUUUGCUGGUUUUUUAGCUAAACAGGAGCUAGCUAGCAACAGCAGCAGACAAACAAAACUGGUUGCCAUGGCAACAGUGCAGCAGAACAGAGCAGCAGCAGCAGUAGUAGCAGAGCCCACAGGCACCAUGUCCCCACUCCCCCUCAGCGUCCAUUCUCUACCCCCCAGAGGCCAUAAAUUACACAACGAGGAAAGCUUUUAAACAGAAACUACUAAAGGGGAGGCCAGAAACCCUUUUCACAGACCUUUAAAAAAACGGGGAUUUUUACAUGUACAUUUACAUCAUUUAGCAGACGCUCUUAUCCAGAGCGACUUACAACUUGGUGCAUUCAACUUAUGAUAGUCAGUGGGACAACCACUUUUUUUUUUUUUAUGGGGGCUUGGGGGAGGGGGAGGGGGUAGAAGGAUUACUAUAUACUAUUCCAGGUAUUCCUUAAAGAGGUAGGGUUUCAAGUGACUCCGGAAGGUGGUCAGUGACUCCGCUGUCCUGGCGUCGUGGGGGAGCUUGUUCCACCAUUGGGGUGCCAAAGCAGCGAAUAGCUUUGACUGGGCUGAGCGGGAACUGUGCUUCCGUAGAUGUAGGGGAGCUAGCAGGCCAGAGGUGGGUGAACGUAGUGGCCUCAUUUGGCAGUAGGGUCUGAUCAGAGCCUGAAGGUAAGGAGGUGCCGUUCCCCUCACAGCUCCGUAGGCAAGCACUAUGGUCUUGUAGUAGAUGCAAGCCUCAACUGGAAGCUUUCUCACUGACCAGCCAAAUGCAUGGCGCUCAGCAGUCUGCUCUCACUACCCAUCCAUAAAGAAAGAGGGAAUCUGUAAUGGGUGGAAGCUGAAAGUCAAAAGAGACAGACGAACCUGCUCAGGGUGAGUGUGAGCAAACAGCAACCAGACAUCCACACCUUAGGGGAGCUCCUAACCAAGGUGCGGACAGAGCAGGACAGCAGCCUUGCAACACAGCUGAAAGAAGUUCAGCAAGAGAGAGAGACGGACUCAAGAGCGAGCUGGCUGAUCUAACAAAGGAGGUGAGAGAGCUCCAAAAAGACAGGCAGAGCAGUAAUAACGAGCUGACCACACUAAGAGAGGAGCUGCAGGAGAGAAAGAGAACAGAGGACAGGCUGCAGGAGCUGCUAGAUCACCACUCUAUGACCUGCCCUCACACAGCAGAGGAGCCCACCUCAACCAGCCAGGCCUCCCCAGCCCUGCCGGCUGCAUGCCUCCCCCCAGCCCCCAGAACAGUCUCCCACUGACAGCGGCACUGGCACAGACCAGCCACACCCUAGCUCCAACACCCACCAACCCCAACUCUACCCCCUCCAGUCCAGAAGAAACACUGGCUGAGAUUGUCCUGUUGAUGGACUCAUAUGGGAAGUUUGUUCAGGAGAAUAAACUUUUUCCUAGACACAAAACGAGAAAGGUGUGGUGCCCAACAACGCAGAGUGCCAUGGCGCUGCUUGAUAAGGCCCAACUCGGGUCGCCAAGCCACAUAAUCAUACACACCGGAAGCAACGACCUGCGUGCUCAGCAGGAGAGGGUGGCGACUUCACUACGGGGAGUGAUUGAGAAGGCCUCCGCAAUAUUCCCCAACUCAAGGAUCGUGGUGUCAACCCUUCUACAGAGGAAGGACUUCCACCCUGCCACAAUCCAAAUAAUAAACGCCAGCCUCUCCCGGGACUGUGCCCUGCGACCCAAUGUACACCUGGCCCACCAUCCCACCCUCGAUCUGGACUGUCUCUAUGACCAUGUUCACCUGUACAGGGAGACAGUCCCCAUCCUUGCUAAGAAUCUCAAAGACGUCGCUUUAAACCGCAUCCUGACCUCUCCACCCAGGAACAGCAGAGCAAUCUCCACCCCCCCGAGAUCACCGAGACAACACCCCGGACCAACACCCUGGACCCCACAGCCACGACCACAGCACCACCAACCUCAAUGCCCACCACAGCCAGCGCAGCACAGACCACCCCAGCCCAGCUUCAGACCCACCCAGACGAGGCCUAACACCCCCCUCCCCCCCACCGUAGACCCACACCUGGAGGAGCCACAGCCCGGCAGGCAGAGCUAUGCACAAGCUGUGAGAGGAGCAACUGGCCCAGCUCCCACCAACGAAAUGAGUGACAUCAAACAAAUGCUGAAUCUACUAUGCUGUGUGAUAGGCCGAGGGUCAUGGUAA